CGACUUUCCUCCGAACUUCGACCAUGGAUGACUUGAAGGACCAGCACAAUCCACAUGCGCCAAAUGGAUAUAUGCAGGACACGCCGCCGCGAGCUGAUGUCGACGAGAUCUUGAGGAGGAAGCGGAAGGCACGAGAGUACAAGGCUUGCUAUCCGUGUCGCCAGCGCAAGGUCAAAUGCGACCAAAACGUGCCAUGCAAGACGUGCGUUGUGCGCGAACAUCCCGAACUAUGUACCUACCACCCCCCCAGCGAGUCGCACCCCACUGCGAAACGAAUAAACCUCGGCGUCGGACAGAACAACGGACAUGACUUCUCCAACGGCCUGGUCCAUAUACACGGCGGCACUGUUACGCUGCCCCGAGAGGACUGGGAGCGCAUCUGUGGAAAGCUGCAGCAGGCCGAGAAGUCGCUCAGCGAUCUGAAGAAUGCUGUCGGCAGCGUCGCAGAGAUUCCACCUCCGAUAAAUGGCUUCUCCCCAGGAGAUGGAUCUGGGAACACGCCCUUGGCAGCGGCAGCGCCCAUGGACGGCGAGCAGAGCCACGUUCGAACCCAAGGGAUACACACGCGCAACGACAUCACCGGCCAAACGAUUCACAUUGGACCCAGCUCCGUCCCGGCGCUCGUCAUGGCUCUGGGAAGGGGCGAUACGCAGUGGGCGCCUGGGGUGCAGGAUUUGCUGGGCAAGAAGAGCAUGCUGCCGAUAUUUGGUCUGGACAACGAAAGCGCGACAUACCCAUUUGUCGAUUUAUGGGGGCUGCCUCACGGAUCGAUACUGCGCGCCCGGGAACUAGCCAACGCAUUGCCGAGCGACUCUGAAUGCCUCAGCUUCUUUCGGAGUUAUCGUGAAACCGCACACGCCGUUUACCCCGCCGUUGCUGACAUCGAGGCCAUUGAAUCCGAUCUCCUGCUCUUUCUGAUUAACCGCGCAAGCUCACAGGGCACCAACGGCAUAACAGAUUCACAAAUACACGGCAAAGACUUCCACUGGAUAGGCCUGGUGUUUGCGAUAUUAGCUUCAGGAUGUCAAUGUUCAAGUCUUUCAAGAAGAGAGCGGGAGUUGACCUCGCAGGUCUACGUGUGCUGCAGCUUCGAGUGCCUACGCUUUACCAACUUUUUAUCGCAUGCGAACAUUGAAAACAUACAAACGCUGCUGGUUCUGGGAAAUGUCAUUUCAAACAACAUGAAUGCUGGCGUGGCUUGGAGUCUGAUGGGUUUGACAGUUCGUAUUUCGCAGACACUAGGAUUACACAGGCAAUGCCCACAGUCAACGCCAGUGCAUCAAAGAGUCAUUCGGAGCAAGGUAUGGUGGGCACUGCUUUGGCAAGACUCGCUACUCUCUGUUUCGUACGACAGAGCCUCAUCAACCACCACCAUCGACCACACGGUACCAAUGAGCCAACACACUGCGCCCGGGACAAGGACAUAUGUCGAGAGCAUGUAUCGCCUUUGCAAAGUAGGACUCGACAUUGUGCGCGAGCGUCAACGGCCACAGAAUUCACACGAUGCGCUCAUGAGGAUUACCGAGCAUCGCAACGAGCUCCAGGAAAUCAUGAUAGACGCGGCGGAUUAUCUCAAAGACUCGCGGAGAUGUCGGUCGAUGCGGGACCAGCUGGAGCAUUGGGCACUAUACCUCCACAUCUCAUACGUCACAUCUGAGCUGUGUCGACCGGCCAUUAGCCCGGCAACAGCCAACUUGGAUCUUUCCAAGACGCUACGUAAGACAUGUAUCGACAGCCUUACCAACACGGUCGAGGCGUUUCUGGGCUUGCAAAGCAUGACACCAUUUGCCACUCGAUCUUGGUCGGCGGUGCACCGCUCUUUGAGCUCUGCUCUUUUGCUUGGAAUCCUCGGCGAGCACAACCGCAACGAACGCGCGCGCGGACUUUUGCAAAACGUGAUCCAAGUGCUUAUCGAUGUGACCAAGGACGUCGACCCUGCCGAGCAGUCGACGCCUAUUACACGGUCUGUCUCGGCGCUUGAACGACUGCUCAGAAUCGGAUCAACGCACACACGAAAGACCAGCGAGACUAGCUCACAAGCAUCGCCCACCAUGCACGUCUUCACAGCGCAAGACAUCAACAACGCACUCGGAAGUGACACGGAAAACAUGUUCUCCCAAUCCCCACUGGCUGGGUUAGAACUGGACUCGUCGCCAUACGCCCUUAUGGAGAGUAUUGUGUGGGGGGCGCAAAAGACGCCAUAAGAAAGAGCAUGGGAGGAUGUAUAUGCAAGCAAAAAGGAUUCCAUGAUACCCAAAAAGGCUCUGAAGCGGCAAUAUUCUAAGCAACAAGCGAGCGAUGGGCAACGACAUUGCUACUUUCGACUUUUUUUAUUCUUUUGUUUAUUGUAUAGUCACACUCGUGGACUGGUAGUUAAGCGGAGCGCCACAGCCGAUAGGGGCAAGGCGGUGUGUUUGUAGUAUUAAAAG